GGGCCACUGAUUUCUUUGCCCAGCCGUUAUCUCGCCUUAAAAAGCAGAGGCAUGACAUGCAGAAAUCCAGCAGGGGAAGUUUUUUUCUCUCGCCGCGUCUGCCCCUGUUGUGUUUCUGCCUGCUAUGGCAAACAUGCAGGAAGCCUUCCGUGAGGGUGGGUGGAAUUGUUACCUUUUAUCGGAUGGUUGGAGAAACGGGCGGGGGAUCGUUCAGCGGCAGAACAGACGUGCAAAGUCCUCCUCCAACGGUAGCUCCAGUUAGGAAGGAUCGCGCAGCGAGGAAUGGAAAGGCCCUCCUCUUCCUGAGGCCCUGGAAAGCCAUUUCCAGUCAGAAGAGACAGUACUCAACUAGAUGGACACGUAAUCUGCCAUGCUGGAGUUUGCUGUCCAGAUGGUGUGUCAGAAUUGUGUUGAGGCCAUUCAGUCAUCUCUGCAGGGAAUACCAGGCCUCCAGGUGCUUAACGUCCAGCUGGAAUCACAGAGUGUGCUGGUGGAGACUAGCCUUGGUGCUGAGAAGGUCCAAAGCCUAUUGGAGAGCACCGGACGCAGUGCUGUGCUGAAAGGGAUGGGGGCUGCUGUGCCUGGGAGUCUCGGUGCUGCCGCUGUGGCAAUGGUGUCUGGCCCAGGGUUGGUCCAGGGUGUGGUGAGGUUCUUGCAGCUGUCCCCACAAAGCUGCCUCAUUGAUGGCGCCAUUGAUGGUCUGGAGCCGGGGCUGCACGGCCUGCAUGUGCAUGAGUUUGGGGAUGUCACCAAUUCCUGCGACAGCUGUGGAGACCACUUCAAUCCUCAUGGGGAAUGUCACGGGGGGCCCCAGGAUGUUCAUAGGCAUGCUGGGGAUCUUGGAAAUAUCUUGGCAGCUGAUGAUGGAAGGGCUUCCUUCCGGAUGGAAGACAACCAGCUGAAGGUUCAUGACAUCAUCGGCCGCUCACUGGUGGUAGAUGCAGGGCAGGACGACUUGGGCCGCGGAAGCCACCCGCUCUCAAAAGUCACUGGAAAUUCGGGUGAGAGAGUGGCCUGUGGAAUCAUUGCGCGCUCUGCCAGCCUCUUCCAGAACCCCAAGAAAAUAUGCACCUGCGAUGGAGUGACGCUGUGGGAAGAACGGGAGCGGCCUGCAGCCAGGCCAGACCGGAAAGCUGCUGGCCAACCCACCCCUCAUCUCUAGGCUUUGAAGUUCUGCCCAGGCUCUCUUUGGGCUAGGACAUCCCAAGGGUUCCAGCUGCUUUCAUUUUCCUGUGUGUCCUAAGUGCAAUGUGUUAGGCAGGAGUUCAACAGGUGCUGCUUUGUAGUGGCGUAGUAAUGGCAAGCGCUUAGCCCCUUGAAUGUCUUAAUUGUGAAGUUCUUAAAAGGCACUGGAGGAGGAAAUGUAGCCUAUUCUGCAGUGACAUGGUAAAGCAUCAGUCCUUGUGAGGUAUGUGUCAUAUGAAUUAUAUCCCUUGUCUGAAUUCUAAAAUAGUCAUUUAUGAGCAAAGAGUUUGUUGGAAAGUGUUGUUGCUCUUCCAGUGUCUUUGGGCCACCCAUAAACAAGUCUGCUAGCUUUA